AUGUAUUUGCCAAGUUGUUACAACUUUUCUUCUAAGUCUGACUUUGGCACAUUAGCGCAGGCAUCGACUUUGCUGGACCAUGGCAACAUUUCCGCCAGAAGAUUGUCAGAGUACAAGAGUUACUGGCCACACGGCUCUCCAGGCAAAUGGAGCGUGUAUCAGCCACACCACAGCGGCCCCCCGGUGCCUCAGCCCUGCUUUAACUCUUCAGCAGAAGCGGCGUAUCACCGGGAGCAGCUGUACGCGGCCCCGGCCUUCCACGCGCAGGUAUUUACCGGAGACACACACGGCUUCCCCGGGAGCUACCGAGCGCCAGGGCCGGACGCACCGCUCUACCUCAGGGCUGCGAGCAAGAACAAGAUUUUACCGUCUGCAUUUGAUCAGUUCUUUGAUUAUUCCGAGGAGGGGGAUGUCAGAACACAAACAAAACAAACAGAGAAGGCGCCUGCCCAGACCAGCAGCGACUGGACGAGCUGUCAGAGCAGCGAGAGCGCCGAGGAGAAAGAGGCUGCAGACGGAGUCAGAGAGGGCGAGGAGGAAGAGGAGCUCUCCGAGGGCCCCUUAAAGCCUUGUGUGAGGAAAAAGCGCUGUCCAUACUCCAAACAGCAGAUCCGAGAGCUGGAGCGGGAGUUUCUCUGCAACGUCUACAUCAACAAAGAGCGCCGCGUGCAGCUAUCCCAGCGUCUUGGCCUCACAGACCGACAGGUGAAGAUCUGGUUUCAGAAUCGAAGGAUGAAAGAGAAGAAACUGAAGAGGGAGAGGCUGCAGUAUUACACGGGAUACCACCUGUUUUGAUGAAGAAAAACCAGAGCUGUGGACUUAGCCCCACAUGUACUGUACAUGUGCCCUAUUUAUAAGCAGGGUCUGUUCAUAUCAAAAGUCUACGGCCAUAAGCUUGGGCUUUAAAGUAUCAUAUCCUCACUUGUUUCUUAUUGUUUUAAAUGUGUAAUUCAGUGCACAGUGUAGUAACUCUUAAACCCUUUAUUCCUCUAUCAGUGUAAAUGUAAAUGUAAAAACAUGAGCUCACACGAUCGCUGCUGCCGCGUUUGAAUUACAUACUGGGUUAUGCGGAAAAUAAGGCUCUAAAUCCGAUUAUGGCACAGUUCCUUUGU